AUGGACUUGAGAGUUGGUUGGUUUGGUCCCUUCGCCUUUGCCUUCGCAGCUUUUUGUGGUCGUCCCCACAAUAUCCAAUGCCAAUUCGGCGACCGGGUCAUUAUUCGGACUAACUUGUCGGUGUCGGUCAUUGGUCGGGCGGGCCCGUCCAAGACUCCCCAUUUGCUCGGCUCGGCCGAGGCCGGCGGAUCUCCAAAUCUCCAAGAUCAUGUUCCUCCCCUGCACCUUGGGACCAUCGAGGGCAACGGCAUGACCCAGUGGUAUUGCUACGCGGUCACGCAAUACGAAUACCUGCACCCCAGCGUUGCUCCUACCUUACGAUGA